AUGUAUUCUGCCAAUUAUCUGGAGAAGGUUCUAAUUGCAACCAUAAAAGAUAUGGGUUCAUGCCUGUGCCCUCGCUGCCUCGUACCAAAAGGCUUGUUUGACUAUCUUGGUCUUGUGAAGGAUAUGAGAAGCCGCCUUACCAACCUUCAAGUAUAUGCCAUGGCCAAGGUUAUCAAAGCUCGUGAGUUUAUCUAUCAACUGGGAAAUAUUGUAGAUGGUGCCAAGGUUGAAGACGCCCUCAGAGAGGGCUCCUGGGUGCCUACUCUGAAUCAGUUCAUUAAUAAACUCGGACCGCUCAGCCUUGAUCCAUUUCAUAUGCUCGUUGUUGACAUUAUGCACGAGUGUGAAUUGGGGACCUGGAAAGCUUUAUUUAUGCACCUUUUGAGGCUUCUUUAUGCCCUUCCUGGAGGUGCUCAAGCUAUUGUGACCCUUGACACCAGAUUUCGUCAAGUUCCAACAUAUGGUAAUGGAGUGAUAUACAAAUUUUCCAUCAACACCUCCAAGAUGAAAAAGUUGGCUGCCCAUGAUUUUGAAGACAUAUUACAGUGUGCUAUUCCAGUUUUUGAAGGGCUGUUUCCUCCUGACCACGAUGCAGCUAUCCAGUCUCUUCUCUAUCAAUUUGUGCAAUGGCAUGCACUCACAAAACUCAGGUUACACUGCAACUCCACCUUGGUUUUUCUUGACGAAAUCUUCAAGAAACUCUCUCGAAAUUUGUGGAAGUUUCAGGCUCACACUUGCACUGCCUUUAACACAACAGAGCUACCAAAGGAGAAAGCAAAAUGGUUGGCAAAACACUCCGAAACUGGUAAUGCUCCUCCAGAAUCAAAACUAUCAGAUUCUUUGGAACUGCUGACUCCUUUACCACCCAAAUCAUGUGUAUCGACUGCAUUCCAUGAAUUCAAACCUGAAGUCUUUGCACAGGGAGAACUUGCACACCGAGCUCUAAAGGCUUUCUAUCCACUCACCAACAAGCUUGACACCCCCGUGCAGUUAGCUAAACACGAGUGCAGGCGUCAUGUGCUACAGCGGGUUGCAGAAGUGGGGGGUACAUCCCCUUCUAUCAGUCUAUCUCCAGUGGAUGCACCCUCCUCUGGAAAGCAUCACCAUAUUGCGGUCAGUCAGAACAAUACAGUCCCUCUAUUCACACUCCUUCAAGAGCACACUGAUAAUCUGGCUCUCAAGAAUUUUAUACCAAAACUUAAAGAUCACCUUUUGUAUAGGCUGCGCAAGCUCGAUAUCAGCUACUGCAACCACACGAUGCAAGUACAUUACACUACAUAUGACAUGAGGCACGAGUAUGACACAAUCAACCCCAGAACACAUGGUGACAUCAUGGUACUCUUGGGAGAGACUGCACCUAACCACCCAUAUUGGGGCACACCUGUGAAGCAUCACCUAGAGGUCCUUUGGGUUAGAUGGUUGGCCCUGCUGAGGAACCAUAAAUCUGGUAUGAAAUGUGCUCAUCUUCCAAGGGUGGCCUUUGUGGAUGAGUCGGACACAGACACAUUUGGAUUUCUUGAUCCAGGGCAGGUCAUUCAAGGAGCGCAUCUGAUCCCAGCCUUCAAUUUGGGGCGUGGUGUUAGUUCGCUUCGAGGUGGGAAGUCAUUGGCACGUCCAGAUGGAGCUCUAGAUGACUGGGAGGUGUAUUGUGUUGGCAUCAUUGUGGACGCUGUAGACAACAGUAACAGUGUCGUGCUCCAGGGGGAUGUUGGUUACAGAGAGGAUAGUGACAGUGAGGGCUAUGAAGGAUACGAUGAUGAGAAGGAAGCAAGCGAUGAAGAGUUUAGCAAUGAGGAACUGGAAGAGGAAUGGGAAGAUGAGGGAAGUGAAAUUGAAGAUGGCUGUGAAGAGGAUGGGCAUGAGAUUGAGGAUGAGUUCAAUGACUUGCCAUCUUUUUAA